UUAAGUGUUCCAUCAAAAGCAAAAAAAAACAUGGUUGGCCUAAUCACAACCGUUGCUACUCUCAUUCUUCCUCUAAUAUUCUUCUUCAUCAAUAGAUGGAAGAAAUCCAAAAAUAGCAAAUCGACGAAACAACUGCCACCCGGCCCUCGAAAACUUCCUAUAAUUGGAAACCUUCACCAGAUGAGAAACCCUCCCUUCCGCUGCUUCAGAGAUUUAUCGAACCAGCACGGCCCCUUGAUGCACCUCAAGCUCGGUGAGUGCAACGCCAUCGUCGUCUCGUCCCCAGAGAUGGCGAGAAAAGUGCUUAAAGAUCUGGACCCAAGCUUCGCCGGGCGGGUGCAGAACGUGGCCAGCAGGAUCAUGUGGUACGACGGCAGCGACAUCGCCUUCAGCCCAUACGGCGACUACUGGCGCCAGAUGAGGAAGCUCUGCAUCAACGACCUUCUCAGCCCGAAGAUGGUGCGCUUGUUCCAAUCGAUUAGAGAAGACGAGUCCGCUCGAUUAGUCAAAUCCUUGCGCGAAUCUUCUGGAAGCUCCGUCAAUUUCACAGAGAAGCUAUUCUCCUAUUCGAGCUCCAUCACUUGCCGAGCUGCAUUCGGCGGCGCCUGCAAGGAUAGUGAGACGCUGAUUAAGAUGAUGGUGGACUCGAUGAAGAUGGUCGGAGGCUUUGAGAUGGCGGAUCUGUUCCCGUCGUCAGCAAUCAUCGGGGCGCUGAGCUGGAGGAAGACGCGCCUCAUGAAGAGGAUGCGGAGCGAGCUUGAUGGGAUUCUUGAUGAUAUUAUCGAUCAGCAUCGAAGGAAGCGGGCCGAAUCUGGUGGGCGGAAACUAGGGAAUUCGGAGUUUGGUGGUGAGGAUUUGGUUGAUGUGUUUCUCAGGGCUAUGGAAGAAGAGGAGCUCAAGUUUCCUAUUGAUAACCACAACAUCAAGGCUGUCUUAUUUGAUGUAUUCACAGCUGGAACGGAUACUUCAGCGGCAGCUAUUGACUGGACCAUGGUAGAACUGAUGAGGAAUCCUCGAGUGAUGGCCAAGGUUCAAGCUGAAGUAAGAUGAUGGGGUACGAACUAAACCCUAAUGGC